AUGGGCUUCGGUUCCUUCGACUCGAUCUGCAGGCAAUCUGCGCUGCCUCUCUGUUACCUCUUGGGUCCUCCCGCGGAGUUUACAUCGGCCAAGAACCCUGUCCUGUUGCCAGGAUGCAGUGCGCGAUCCAUCGAACUCGCCAACACGAUCAUUUUCCAAGCCGCCUCCGAUUUCGCCCACAUUGCCGCCCUCUUCAUGACCGCCAUCAUGAUCUUCCACGUCCGAUCUAAAUUCACGGCCGUCGGGAGGAAAGAGAUCUUGACGUUUUUUUACAUAUACAGCCUGUUGACCGUUGUCAGCCUCGUGCUGGACGCAGGCGUGAUCCAGGCCACAAGUGAGAGUGCAUAUCCUUGGUUUGUGGCGGUGCAGAAUGGUCUGGCCACGGCGUUGUGCACGAGUCUGUUGAUCAAUGGGUUCGUUGGGUUUCAGCUUUACGAGGACGGAACCACACUCUCGGUGUGGUUGUUGCGACUCGGCAGUCUCAUCAUGUUCGUCAUCAGCUUCGCUGUCAGUCUGCUCACUUUCAAGGGCUGGGCUGGCUUGUCGCCGACGAACACGACGGGCCUUUUCAUCGUGCUGUACAUCAUCAACGCCAUCUGCCUUGCGGUCUACUUUGUCAUGCAGGUCAUCCUCGUGGUCAACACUUUGCAGGACCGGUGGCCGUUGGGCGAUCUCGCGUUCGGAGCAUUUUUCUUCAUCAUUGGCCAGGUCAUCCUUUAUGUGUUUGGCAAGAGAAUCUGCGAGGGAGUCAGCCACUAUCUGGACGGCUUGUUCUUCGCCACAGUAUGCAAUCUAUUGGGAGUCAUGAUGGUGUACAAGUAUUGGGACAGCAUCACCCGAGAAGAUCUCGAGUUCAGCGUCGGCACAAAGCAAGGACAUUGGGACGUCAAAGAAGCACUUCUCGACCCUUCAAGCGAAGACUACCGAACCAGUCUUUACGGAGGGGGAAACGCCCCGACCGGCAGAGAGUCCGUUUAUGAUGCCAGCAGUAUGAGCAUGGACUAUGCGCCCCAAGUGCCCGCUCACUUCCACCAACAUCCAUCGAUUGGUGGCCACCAAUAUGGCAGCCAACAGACUCACAGCCAGAGUCAUCAAUACUCGUCAAGCCGGGAUCGGCUGUCGGCGUACGGGCAUCUAACUGAAGGACGACAGAGCUAUGGCGAUAUAAGAAGACAACUGCCGAACUAUGAAGAUUACCCAGAAUCGCAGACGCAGCGUUCAGGGUUGAGGAGUCGUGAUGGUGCGAGGGAGCGGGAGAGGGAGUACGCCUACUGA